CUGUAAAUCUAAACGAUAUAAGAAUGUAGUAACGGGGGCUGCUCGCAUGCAGCCUGCGCGAAAUGGACGAGAAGCGCGCUUAUGAAGCGUUUCGUGUGCGAAAGUUCUCUAGUCCCCAUCCAGCAUUGAUUGAUGAUAAUAUCGACUCCGACAGCAGCUUACAAGGCGCCGGAGCUGCCGGUGAAGCAGCAAGUGAGGGGCAGCUUUGGAGCCGAGGCCUCCGCGCGCGCGUGAUACUGCAUUUCGAUUGCGAUGCGUUCUACGCACAGGUGGAAGAGGUCCGCAACCCGAAGCUGCGCGAGCUCCCGCUCGCAGUCACGCAGAAGUACCUGGUGGUCACAUGCAACUACCUGGCACGAGCGGCAGGCGUCACCAAACUCAUGGGCAUCAAGGAUGCAAAGGCCAAAUGCCCCGCGCUGGUGCUGGUCAGCGGGGAGGACCUCACGCCGUACCGCCAGGCCAGCAAGGCCAUCCACGGCGUGCUGUCGCGCUACGGGCCGGCGGAGAGGCUGGGUAUGGACGAGACGUACGUGGACGUGACGCAGGAGGUGCUGCGGCGUAUCUCCAGCGGCGCCUUUGAGCCGCCCGCGCCGCCUCCCCGCCUGGUCGGGCAUCUGCACACCGCCCGCUGCGCCGUGGCGGCGGACACAAGCUACCGGCCCCAGGACCUGCGCGCCGUGCCCACCGCCGCCGCCGGUUGCAGCGGCGCAGGGACCGGCACCGGAAAGGGGAACAGCAACGGAGCCCUCGCGCAGGAUGCUCCUGCUGGAGGCUGCGGCGUGGGCGAGUGGCAAGUCCCCGGGUCCAGUGGCGGCCUUGGCGCGGGUUGCAGUCAGCAGCAGCUGCAGCAGCGGCGGCAGCACGAUGGAGGCGGUGUGGAUUGGGACCUGCUGCUACGGGUGGGCAGCAUGGUGGCUGCGGAGGCGCGGGCAGCACUGCGUAGUGAGGCCGGCUACCGCUCCUCCGCAGGCAUUGCGCCUAACAAGCUGCUGGCCAAGCUGGUCAGCGGGCUGCACAAACCAGACGACCAGACCGUCAUCGCGCCGAACCAGGCCGCAGACUUUGUAGCUCCGCUGCCGGUGCGCGCGCUGCCCGGUGUGGGCUACAAGACGGAGCAGCAGCUGACGGAGCGGCUGGGCGUCAGCACCGCGGGCGAGGUGCGGCGCCUCAGCCGGCAGCAGCUGGCAGACAAGCUGGGCGACAAGACAGGCCCGCUUCUGUGGCACCUGUGUCGCGGCCUGGACCCCACGCCGGUGCGCCCCAGCGGCCCGCCCCGGUCCAUCACCGUGGAGGACAGCUUCAAGAGCUGCUCCUCCUGGUCGGGUGCUUCGGCGGUGCUGCGGGUGUUGGCGCCGGACCUGCUGCAGCGGCUGCACGAGGAGUACGCCGAGAACAGGCGGCGGCCCGACACGCUGACGCUCAAGUGGCGGCACGCGGGCAGCGGCUGGCAGCGCAGCUCGGCCUCGGUACCGCUGCCGCUGCCGCCCGGGGCCCUGGCGGCGCCGCCGGGGCCCGCGCAGGUGGAGGCAUUGAUCCGGGCAGCCACGCAGCUGCUGCAGCGGCAGCUCCGCGACCAGCCCUUCAACCUGUCGCUCAUAAACCUGGGCGCAACCAACUUCAAGCAGGAGGGCAACGGAGGCGGAGGUGGCGGUGCCGGGGGCGGAGGCGGCGCGGCAGCAGGCGGCGGUGGCACAAUUCGGGACUUGUUUGGGCGCCUGGCGGGCGGGGCGGCGACGGCAGCGGCAGCCCCGCCUGCUGCAGGCGGCACACGCGGGUCUUCGCCUGGCAAGGUGGCGGAGGAGGAUUGUGUGCACCACCGUGAGGGCGUAGACAUGGACGUGGAGGAGGAUGAAGGGGAGGUGCUCUACCACAGCGAUGGCAGCGAGGACACGCCGUACGGGGGGUCAGCAGCAGCUGCACGCCCACAUGGGACAGCGGACGUUGCCUCUGGCGCUCGCGCGGGCCCUGCCGGGUCGGCUGCCGCACAUGCGGAGGCGGUGGCCGCCACGGGCCUAACUCCGGAGGCCGCGCGGAGGGCUGCGGCACAGUCGGCUGCCAUGCGACGCGACUACCAAGCAGGCUUGCCUCAGGUUGUGUUUAGCAAGAGCCGAGAGCGGGCGCUGCGCGAGGCGGCUGCGCACGGGUCAGCGCUCACCCACGUGCACGCCCCCAGCCCCCAACAGCAAGCACGGCGGCCGCGGCCACAGCCGCAGCUUCCACCCACUCGACCUGUGGAAACAGCACAGCAGCAGCGGCACGAAUCGGAGGACACGGGUGGCAGGGCGGCAAAGCGGCUCCGGCUCACAGAAACAGACGAGCGAGCACCAACGCCAGCGGGCAGCAGCCUUCCCGGUGCAGCGCCUACCCAGCCUCCUCAGCUGGUACCAGUGCCGCUGCCCGCCGCGCCGCCGCAGCCGUCUACACUGGGUCCACCGGUACCGCCUCCCCCAGGCCUGCCGGCGCCGUCAUUGCCGCCGGCAGGGUUGCUGGAUGAGGCUGUGGUGGGGUACCGAGUCGUGGAGAUCUACGGAGCUGGCGGCGCCAGUGGCGGUGGCGGCGGCGCCAGCGGGGACAGGGGCGGGAGCAUGCGGGGCGGAAGCGCAAGCAGCGGGCGUGGUGGAGAGGUUGGCAGCAUGGCCGCACCUUCAGCAGUCGGUGUUGACGAUGGCGGCAAUAUCCACGGCGGCCUGCAGGGUCUAGACGGUUACGGCGACGGUUCCGGCGGGGGUGGCGCAGAAGAGGCUUGGCGACAUGGGGGCUCGCUGUCCUCUGCCUCCAGCUUCUCCUCCUCCGACUGGGGCGACGAAGCCGACAGCAGCAGCGACGGCGGCGGCAUUGCCAGCCUGCCCUGCGCCUGGGGUGCGCUGCAGGCUGACGCCGACGGCAGGGGCGGGGGCGACGGCGGGAGAGGCGGCGGUCGAGAAGGGGGCAUGGAGGCAGCGGUGAACGGGCAGGCACAGGCUGGAGUCCAGGGGCAUGCAGGAGGGCAGGCGGCGGAAUGCGACAUCACGGAUGAGGAGGAGGAGGCAGCAGGCGCUAGGACUAGGGCCAUUGGUGGCUGCAGCAGCGGGACGUUGCCGCCUGCACGUCUGGCACAUGAGCUUGCACAGCCACCGCAAACCGCUCUGCAGGCGGCGGCAACAGCAGCGGGCGUGCCGCUGCGCAUGUCGGCUUCCGGCCCUGACCCGCCCACCAGCCCGCACACCGAAGACGGCUCGGCCAGCCCACCACCACCACCGCCUCCGCACCACCAACACCACAGUCACCGCAGCCAUGAGCUCCACAAGAGCAGCGUCUCUCCCCAGCUGCGGCCGAAGCCGGGCGCUGUGGUCGCGGGGCGUCCGCGCGUGAUCCUGCACGUGGACGUGGACUGCUUCUACUGCCAGGUGGAGCGCCUGGACGACCCGCGCCUGGCGGGGCAGCCGCUGGCGGUGACGCAGUUCAACAGCGGCGGCUUCGUGGCGGUCAGCUACGAGGCGCGCGCGGCGGGCAUACGAUGUGGCGACGGUGUGGGUGCGGGCGGCCGCGCCUCCAUCCCCUUCCUCAAGGCCAUGGGCGCGGUCAGCGUGGCGGAGGCACAGCGGCGCUGCCCCGGCCUGGUGAUCCGGCCCAUGCGCACGGACCGCUACCGGCGCGUGUCAGAGCAGAUCCACGGCAUUCUGCGCAGGUUCGCGCCAGACGGGCAGGUGGAGAAGUCCAGCUAUGACGACUUCUACCUCGACGUAACAGCCGCCUGCUACCCCUCUGCCGCUGGAGCAGCCGCCGGCAGCCCUGGCGGCAGCGGCAGCAGCCCUGGCCGAGGUGGCGAAGGCGGAGGCGGGGGCCGUGCCGGCCCGGCGGUGGCAGCUGGCGCUGCAGAGGCGGCGGCGCGUGCCUGGGACGACGCGGGUGUGGCAGAGGCCGAUGGCGACGUGGGCGGGUCGUGGGGAUGCGGGGAACAUGCCGGCGCGGGCUCCAUGGCAGACGAUGAUGAGGGUGGGCUGGCGGGUCGGCUGCAUGGCGAGGCGCCGCCGCCGCCGCCACCCAGGGUGCAUGUGGCGGGCGGCGGGCAGUGGCAGGAUCUGGAGCCGCCGCUGCGGGCGGGGGUGGAUGUGGCGAUGCAGCUGCGGGCGGCGCUCAAAGACGCUCUGGGCUUUACGGUGUCAGUGGGUGUGGCGCCCACCAAGCUGGCGGCGCGGCUGGCCGGCCCCGCCAACAAGCCGGACGCAGUGACGGCGGUGCCGCUGGCCGCGCUGCGGGCCUUCAUGGCGGACGUGCGCAUCCAGCGGGUGCCCACGCUGGCUGGCAAGGCCGGCGCCGCGGUGGUGUCGGAGCUGGGAGUAGAGACGGUGGGGCAGCUGGCGGCCCUGGGGCUCAGCCGCCGGGACCUGGUGGCUCGCUUCGGGCCGCAGACCGGAGGCCUGCUGGCCAGCCUGCCGGCAGGAGGCGCGGACGCGGGCGGGGCGUCAGGUGGCGCUGCAGGAUGUGGAGGAGGUGGUGGUGGUGGUGGUGGUGGAGGGUGCGGCAGCGGGCGCGGUGCGACAGGCGGCGUGGUGCGGGAGCGUGGGCCGCAGAAGAGCAUCCUGGUGGAGCGCAGCUUCCCGCCCGACACCACCACCGGUCGCAGGUUUGCGGGCAUCAAGGAGGCGCUGCUCCCGCUGGUGGGGACUCUGUGGGGCCGCGUGGUGGGCGACGCACUGCAGCACAGGCGCGCCCCCGUGAAGCUGCUGCUGACGUACCGGGAGGGGUACGGCACGCCGCGGACCAAGUCCGCCGACAUGCCCCCCCAGGCGCUGCAGGCGCUCCGCUCAGUGACGGCGGCGGCAUCAGGUGCACCAGACACGGCGGCAGCGGCAGUGGGCUCAGAAGCCGGAGCAGCAGCGGCAACGGCGGGCACAGCGGGUGGCGGUGGUGGCGGCGGGCUGUCGGCGCAGGAGGUGGAGGCGGCGGCCACAGGCAACUGGAUGGAACCGGGCGCAGUGUCCGCACACACGUACCAGGGCUGCCGGGCGCUGCUGGAGGGCGCCACAUCGCUGUACCGCGCGGCAGCCGGGGCGUCGGGGCGCCAGGCCGGCGAGAUGCAGCUCACGCGGCUGGCUGUGUCGGUGUCAUACAACAGCUCUGGCAGCGCCACCGAGCUGGAGGCGGGGCAGCGACCCAUCAGCGCCUUCACCUCCUCAGCGGUGGCGGCGGCUGGAGGUAGCAAAGCCGCCCAAAAGCCGCCGCCACCACAGCAGCAGCAGCAGCAGCAGCCUGGGCAUCAGGGAUUGCAGCGGCCAGCCGUUCCAGCACAGCAGAGAGUGCAGCGGAUAGCUAGCGGGGCGCCAUCGUGUGACGGUGGCGCCAAUGCCGUGGGGGAAGCAGGCAAUGAGCGGUUUGGCUGGCAGGAUGGCGCGGACGAGGACUUGAGGGACGGGCAUGAGGGGGACGGUUUGAACGGGGACGCGGACUUCGCGUUCGUAGACUGAUGUGCACAAGCUCUCAAGCUUAGUUUCGUGGCCUCAUCAUGCGGGACACGUUGCGGGGAGGGUGGCGACCGUCACGGUGUAACUUGGGCUCGUG